UUGAAGCACCAACUCAUCAUCGUGAAAUUAAGGAUAUCAGUGAAUAGCUAAAAUUUUGGACAUAUUAGUGAUAUAAUUGCUUGAUGUGUGACAGUGAAACAAGUGCGCUGAGUACUGAGAGUAUUAAAGACGUAAAAGUGGAAUAUAAGUGACUUCGAGUUCUAUCAGAGCAACAGCAGAUUUAGUUGAAAAUGCAAUCACCGGUCAGUUCUCCUGAGCUAAUGGAUCCACGCUACAGCCAUUUGCGAAUUCCAGCUUCUUCAAGUCGAAUUCUAUACGACGUUCCUUGCAAGGUAUGCCGUGAUCAUAGUUCCGGAAAACACUACGGGAUUUACGCGUGCGACGGAUGUGCCGGAUUUUUCAAACGAUCCAUCCGCAGAAGUCGUCAGUACGUUUGUAAAUCGAAAUCUGAGAUACCGUGCAUCGUCGACAAGACUCACAGAAAUCAAUGUCGAGCCUGUCGACUGAAAAAGUGUUUCGAAGUUGGAAUGAACAAAGAUGCUGUUCAGCAUGAGCGAGGACCUCGAAGCUCUACUCUGCGUAAACAAAUGGCACUUUUCAUCGCGAAGGAUACUCCUAUGCGCCACGAUAUAAUGUGCCCACCACCGCAUCCUUUGUCGCACACAUCUAUGGGUUUGGAUCUUACAAUCCCUAGAAACGCUUAUUUGAGUCCUCAAUCCAUGGUUCACCCAACACUGUUCCCCGCGAUGCAAUCACCACAUCCACUCAUCGCUGCGGACGCCAUACGAGAAUCGGCCGCACAGCUUCUCUUCAUGAACGUCAAUUUUCUGAAAAAUUUAGUACCGUUCACAAAACUGCCGUUAGACGAUCAACUGGUAUUAUUCGAAGAAUCUUGGCGUGAGUUUUUCAUUUUGGCCGUUGCUCAGUACCUGCUGCCAAUAAACUUCAACAACUUACUAGUGGCCUACGAAUAUCUUAAUAACAACAGAGGAGAACCCGUAUCUGAGUGCAUAAUUAGAGAGAUCGAAAUCUUCCAGGAAAUUUUAGCGCAAAUUGUGGCUUUACGAGUUGACAGCAAUGAAUUCGUUUAUCUACGUGCUAUUGCUUUAUAUAAAACUGAGUUCGAUCCAGAAAGUAGCAUUUCGAGCAGCAGUAGUGACGGGUCGGAUAUCAUUUCGUCUACAUCGAAAACGAUCCAGGAAGUGGCUACCGUUCGUGCCCUGGAAGAUGGUGCCAAAGAAGCACUUUCUACAUACAUCAGGACCUGUCGACCAAUUCCUGUUGACCGCUACCGAAUUUUAAUGCAAUUUUUACCUGUACUACGAAACGUUUCCACACACACAAUCGAAGAACUUUUCUUUCGACGAAAUAUCGGACCUGCCCCUUUGCUUAAAUUAUUACUAGAUUUCUACCGCCAAAAGUAGACGCAAUGCUGUUAUGUGCAGACAAUAGCUCGAUUCGUUCCUGGAUGACCGAAUCGUUA